GGCUCAGUUCAGAUCAUAUUGCAACGGUUGGAACACAGCUCGCAAUCGUUCCGUGUUCCUUACGUCUUUUUACCUGAUUAAAGGUAAUAUCGCGCGCGGACGAGUGUCGGGCAAAUGUUCUGGCGUAUCAAUUAAUGUAUGCGAGUGCGAUUAAACGCGAUGUCAUUCGAUAUUCAUCGUCAACGUCCAGCGUCCAUUGUGCCGCGUUGAAAACACAAUAUCCGAUGAAUCGAAUGGAGCAAUCAAAGGUAGUCGCAUUUAUUUAACGAAAGCAAAGCUUUGAAACACAAAACUUCUGCUGUUACAUUCGUUCCUCGGUGAAUUCUUGCCUCUCACUUAUAUUAGCACGCCGUAUCUCGCGAUAAGUUGAAGGGGAAGGGGCAUUGGUAACGACUAAUUUAGUGCGAUACUGUAUCAAUGUAAUGUUAGGUAUGUUCGUUUCAACUCAACUAAUUGCACUGGAACUUUGUCCUUAUUCCCUUCAACGCGAGUUGAAUAUAUACUUAUUUCACUCUACAGAUAAAAAGUGCAACCUAGUUUAGUUGGAAAGAACAGACCCAGAUAGCACAAACUUCCAAAAGACGUCUUAAAUAUGUCUAAGAGACAUGUCUGAACAAGAUGUCUAUUAGACGUCAAAAGACUUUAUGUCUUUAAUGAUCGUUUCUAUAUCGAUUAAAUCUCAUUCUGAAUUUAAACUCUAUAUUCAGAGCAUCAAUCAUGAAUCUUUUUAAUGUAAAUUCGAUCAUACUUAUCAAUCGUGUAAUUUCUUUUCUUAGUAUAAAAUUAUGUAAAGUGAAUAAUUUUGCAACACUUGUAGGCGAUUGUAAAUUUUUUCUUCCUAUGUCAACUCAUGAAAAGUGAAUAUUUCCAUAUAUCUUUAGGUUAGAUUUAGAUAAGGUUAGAUUUUUCACGAAUUCAGGGGAAAAGAUUCAUGAUUGACCCACAAACCAGGAUGUAAACUUAGAUUAAAGUUUAAACGACGUCGGUAAAGACGGGCAUAAGACAUCUGUUAGAAGUUUUUGGGAACUUGUUGUUUUAUCGGUGUCUCAGAGCAUUAUGACUUUUCAAUUCACGUCAAUACUCUUCACGUCCGUAUCAAACUAUAAAUUAAAGAUUACAAUCGGACUAAUCAGGUAAUUUAAAGCUUGCUUCCAUUUGCUUGGUCCGAUUGUAAUCCUUAAUUCAUAGUCCAAUACGGACAUCAGUAUUGACGCAUCAAAAAAUGCUAGACAUUUGAAAUUCUCGUCUCAUUACGCCGUCGACCGUGUAGAAUCGCUAGUGUCGAGCGGCGCACGCGCGCGUGGACGCGACCGUCUCUAAUAGCUACGCACUCUAUGGCGGAUGGGCGGCCGGCCGCGCGCGCGUAGGCAGCGCCGCCUCAGUGGAACUUCGGCCGCAGUCGCGAGCGUCUCGGUAGUUCUCGGCACCGACCGAGCGCGGAGUCAACUAGUCGGCGUACGAUUAGACGUGAGAUUGGAAGGAACUCUUCGCGAACGCAUUUGUGUACGCGCGCGCGCGCGUGCCGCUCGUUUGCCAUUCGCCUGUCCCGCGUAACGUGCGUGGAAAAGUGUGUUGUGUGUGUGUUACGAUACGUGCCGACGUGUGUGUGUGUGUAUCGGUCCGCACGGCAGCGAUGUGCACUCGCGCAUGCACGUAUGCGUGGUGACCCGCGCUGUCCGCCAAGAAGGAGAGCGAUCAACUGCUGUCUGGCUAUGCGUGCUCGCGGCUGUCGGCGGUGUUAGCUUGCUGUGUGACCAUGUCGCGAAAAUAAUCGCGCCGGGCCAGUGUCUCUCGCUCUCCCUCUGUGCCCCUCUGUCCUUCUCUCGAGCUCCGCGCGCGAACGCCAAGAGAAGGUGUCCGGACACGCACCAAGCAGCCGUCUCUCUGUCUCGUUUCCUCGUUCCUACGUCACUUAUCUCUCCCUGUCACCCUUUCUCAUUCUCUCCUACACACAUAUACACGCACUCUCCAGCGCUUGUCUCUCUUUCUCUCGCUCCCUGUCACUCGCCGCAUCGGGAGGACGUUAGUACCGUGCGUCACGGGAAACAGCACGCUCAGUAGGAGAAGCGGAAAGGUGACUGGGGUGUACCGCGGAAUUCAUGGUGAGGGACGACGGGUGAGGUGAACGGUGCCGCGGAGUGAAUAGUGCGCGCGGUCGCCGAAGACGACAACGACGACGACGACGACGACGACGACGACGACGUCGACAACGACGAAGCGAGGGGGAGCCGCGGCGAGAGGUGGAGGAGGCGGAGGAGGAAGAGGAGGAGUGAUCUGCCGAAGGGACAACCUCGCUUGCAGCUGGGCACCCGGGGGGGUGGGGGGUGGGGUGGGGGCGGGAGACGAAGCAACUGACAAGUGGAAAGGAAGAAAGAGAGAGAGGAAAGAUGCCGGGCCUAAUCGCCGUGAGCGAGUUCGUCGAGGAGACGAGGGAGGACUACAACUCGCCCACCACGUCCACCUUCGUCUCGCGGAUGCCACAGUGCAGGCAGACCAUCACGUCCCUGGAGGAGACCUUGGACUUCGAUAGGGAUGGCCUCACGAAGCUGAAGAAGGCCAUUAAAGCUAUCCACAACUCCGGAAACGCUCACGUGGACAAUGAGGUGUACCUGGGCAGAGCAUUGGAGAGACUUGGCGACGCCGCCCUCAAGGAGCAGGAACCGGACAUCGGCGCGGCGUUUCUCAAAUUCGCGGUCGUCACGAAGGAACUGAGCGCUCUCAUGAAGACUUUGAUGCAAAACAUCAAUAACAUCGUGAUGUUUCCGCUGGACUCGGUGCUGAAAGGCGACCUGAGGGGCGUGAAGGGCGACCUGAAGAGGCCCUUCGAGAAAGCGUGGAAGGACUACGAGGCCAAGUACGCGAAAAUCGAGAAGGAGAAGAAGCAGCACGCGAAGGAGGCCGGUCUGAUUCGUACAGAAGUUACGCCCGCUGAGAUCGCCGACGAAAUGGAGAAAGAGAGACGGUUGUUUCAGUUGCAAAUGUGCGAGUAUCUGAUCAAAGUGAACGAGAUCAAAACGAAGAAGGGAAUCGAGCUGUUGCAGCAUCUAGUCGAAUAUUACCAUGCGCAAACCAAUUAUUUUCAGGAUGGCUUGAAGACGAUCGAGCACUUCGGCUCUUACGUGGCCGAUCUCAGCGUGAAGUUGCAAAAGAUCAGACAGACGCAGGACGAGGAGAGAAGACGACUAACGGAACUUAGGAGCCUCCUCAGGAGCUCCGGAUGUGACAAAGAGUUAAAUGCGAACGCGAACGCUGGCUACUCGUUGCACCAGCUGCAGGGGGACAAACAGCACGGCGUCACGCGUUCCGGCCACCUGCUGAAGAAGAGCGAGGGCAAAAUGAGGAGAGUCUGGCAAAAGAGACGGUGUGCCGUGCAGGCGGAGGGCUACCUUGACAUCUGCCACGCCGACGAGAACAAGCCGCCCACCCGGGUGAACCUAUUGACUUGCCAGAUCAAGCUAGUGCCGGACGACAAGCGAGGCUUCGAUCUCAUAAGCUACAAUAGGACAUACCACUUCCAAGCGGAGGACGAGGCGGACCAGCGCGCGUGGAUGUCGGUCCUGGUGAAUUGCAAGGAACGCGCCCUGCUGCGCGCGUUCGACGCGAGCGGCAAGGCGGAGGCCGGCAGCGGCAAUCCCAGCCUCGUGGAGUUGCAGCAAGCCGUCAUACGAUGCGUGAUGCGGUUACCCGGAAACGAUCAGUGCUGCGAUUGCUCCUCGCAAAACGACGCCACGUGGUUGUCCACGAACUUCGGGAUAAUAGUGUGCAUAGAGUGCAGCGGCAUCCACCGGGACUUGGGUGUGCAUAUAUCGCGAAUACAAUCCCUCACGCUGGACAACGUGGGCACCGCUCAGCUGUUGCUCGCGCGGCACAUGACCAAUCAGGCGUUCAAUGAGGUGAUGGAGGCGACAUUACGUCAUAAUCUCAAGCCGUCGCCGACGUCGACGAUGGAGGAGAGGUAUGAGUUCAUACGUGCCAAGUAUGUGGAGAAGAGAUAUGUGAUGAAUACGUGCGCGGACGAGCGUGAUCUACUUUCCGAUUUGGAGCACGCCGUUAACAAUCGCGAUCUGCAGCAACUUCUGCAAGUCUACGCCGAGAACGUAGAUUUGGCAGCGCCGUUGCCAACAUCGGAUGUGGGCGAGACGGCGUUACACUUGGCUAUCUUGCGCGAAAUGGGCAGCAGUCUACACAUCGUGGACUUCCUAGUGCAAAACAUGCCGACCGGUGGUAUUGAUCGGACGACCAUCGACGGCGAGACCGCGCUACAUCUGUCCGCGCGACACGACCGAGCGGAGGCGAUGAAGCUACUGUUGCGAGCGGGCGCGGAUCCGUCGCAUCGAAACAAACAGGAUAAGACUCCGCUGGACAUUGCGCAGGAAAUGGGACACCACACGUGCAAGGAAUUGCUCAGUCAUGCUCUUCAAAGGCAGAAGACAUUGUUCGAUAACGUGAAUAUUGACUGGAAUCUUUCUCACGAUGAGGGUUCCACGGACUUCUCCGAUGAUGAAACAAUAAUAGAAGACAGAAACGGAUGUCUUACGCCCGAGAAGAAAUCACGCAGCAGACCACCGUCCUACGCGGGAGGCGGUGGCAUGGGGUCCGGCGAUUCGCCGGUAACGCUACGCAGUCGGAGCAGCACCUGCGACAGUCUACAGAGCGGAUCCUCUCCGAGUGCCUCGACGAAUCGCCAGCAAAUGCCUCCGCCGCCGCCGCCGCAAACGAGGAAACCCGUAGUCGUACCCACCCCCAUGGUGCCGGAUAUUUCAGUGAACAUCCACGGUUCGCUGAAGAAACGAGUAGCGCCGCCGCCGCCGCCCGCCGGAAACGCCAGCAUCUUACCGUCGUCGCACUACGGUACGCUACCCACGUUGGCUACGUCGACGCACAGUCGUACGACCAGCGAACCGAUUUUAGCCGGCCACACUUUACACACUCUACCGCAUACGUUGAACACACUAAAUAGCCAACAUCAUAAGAGAUCACCGAGCGGCGACUCGUCGACCGGACACGGUAUGGACAAGGCGAACAGUUCGACUCUGCAGAGACCGCGAAACCCGCCACCUCCAGCUCCCUCCGGCGUCACGUCCAGACUCAGCAACGGACGUAGCAGCGAGUCGCUGAGUUCCAUGUGCUCGGACCAUGGUCUGGGCAAUCCCAUUCCUCCGCCGCGCAAGCGAAGGGACCGGUCCAGGCUAGAGAGCUACGCCGAGGAGCCUUCAUCUUUGCUCCCAAAUCUGAAUCUGCCGACGUCGUCGACUUUGAGCGGCCUUCGACGUUGCCGAGCGUUGUACGACUGCGAGGCCGACAACGAGGACGAGCUAUCGUUCCGCGAAGGCGAGGUGAUCAUCGUGACCAACGAACAGACUGAUGACGACAAUUGGAUGGAGGGUGCGCUGGAACGGGCGCCAGAGAGACGGGGCAUGUUCCCCAUCAGCUUCGUGCACAUGCUGCAAGAUUAACAUUCGGUAAGCCUGAACUCGUUGGCGAGUGUCUCUAGCACUGCCAGCUCGAUGAGCGUCGCCAGUCUCGGCCGACGAAGCUGGCUGAGGAAACCGAAGGAGUGAAGAACCGUAACGGAGCGCGGAAGUCACGCCGCUCAGAAGCUAUUCUCCGUUUUCUUCGUCGUCCACGGAGACUCAGACAGCCAUACAAGCGUCCGGAUAGAACAUCAAACGUCGAUGAGUGCCGUCACCAAGUGAAGAGGUUCUCUCUUUGUUCCUCGAGUUCCUUAGGAAAAAGUUGUAGGAGGAAGUGAGAGUAGCGCUGCACCAGUAGGAGGCAGUUCUUAAAAAGAUCAAUGCCCGAUUUCACCAACGAUUAACUCUUAAUCUGAGCUUAAACUGUCUCCAGAUAAAGACUUGAACUUAGGUUAAAGUUUAAUCGACGUUUAAAGACGUUGGUAGCAUCGGACCUUAGCUGUUUAGCGGAGUACAGUAGUAUAAGCUCGUGUUACUUACAUUCUUAUUCUGCUCGGCGGUUUAAUCAACGUCAUCAGUUGGAGUUGCAUUAUACGCGAGAGUUUCAUAGCUUGUUAACUAUUUUUUAGACACUGAAGGCUCCUCAAACUUUCUCUCUACCGCGGCACAGAGUUAUCCCUGCUGAUGCAACGGUAUCUCGCGUCUUCCGAUAAUUCGAUUGCUUCAGAUCAAUCGGGUAAAUAGAUUUAUAAAUAGGAUUCUAACCGAUUUCCUCUUCGUACGCGAUGCGAAAACCAUUGACAUGUUCUAUUGUUUCGUUCGAAAAGAGUUACGAGAGUAAUGUUUAAUCUGCAUCCUCGAUUCAAAGUCAGCGGACACAUCGAAGUAGAUCACUGAGCCGGAUACGUCCGAUACGUACAAUCUCGAGCAUGUUAAUGCUGACCGGUGCGUCUGCUCAGUCGGGAAAUUUGUUCCCGUGAUAUUUGGGAAACAUGUUCUCUCGCUUGCGCAAAUCGUUUUAGUGCAGUUCAAUGAUUUUAUUUCGCAAAAUUUUACUACUCCCACGGGCAAAUGCAUCGCAGACAGCAUAAAAACAUGCGAUUGUACGUUCGAUUGCGCAUGUAACAUGUGUUAGGGAUGUUGUCUUUAAUAGAGCCGGAUGUUGGUGUUUUAUGCUGGGUGACAAUCAUAUCGAGAACCGCGUGAGAGAAGGCGGACGUCACGUUUGAUGAUGAAUCCUCUCGGAGACUUCACGAGACUGUAUUCAAGCUUUCAGAUAUGCCAUUACUAUUAAUUAAUUUUGACUCACAAGUUUCAUACUGGGGAGAAAUUCUUUGCUAUUUACCUCCCAGAUUGAAACUGAAUAGGCUGAAAUUAAUCGGGAAUUAAUUUGUCUCAGCAUUCAGGUGAAUGUGAUUGGCAAUGGCACGGUUUUGCUCUUUGCGAAACUACUCUCGGCAUAGCGAAACGCGAGGAAGAGGAAACUGAUUGACCGUACAAAUGUCGCAAUAUGCGUGCUUGUGUGUAUGUGUGUGUGUAUGCGCGCGUGCGCGCAUAAGCAUGUGCCAGAACAUCUGCAAGUUCUCGGUGUUUGUCGCGAAAUGUUGUGUCUAAAAAGUUUAUAUGUAGAUUUUAUGUAGUCAGAGACGUAUUCGUCUACUAAUUGCUCUUUGCAUAGAUAUAUAUCACAGUACACACAAAGUGUAAUUUAGAUACAAAUUAGAGAAAUCCGGCUGACAAAGUAUGGUACACGACGUUUAAUCGCUGACGACGUCGGUAAAGAAAAAAGAAAAAAGAGAUAAAAACAUACGUCGCGCGCUGCAGCGGGUUGGAAAUACGUUAAAAACGGAUAUAUAAAUACAUAUAUAUAUAUAUAUAUAUAUAUAUAUAUUACUAUAUAUAUAUGUACAUACAUAUACAUAUGUGUAUGUGUGUGUGUGUGUGUGUGUAUAUAUAUAUAUACAUACAUAUAUAUAUAUAAAUAAAAGAACGAUCCUCUCAGCUGCGGAACCGACGCUAAAAUGUGAUACAUAAUAUUUCAGAGUAAAUUGUUAAUACUGCGAGACGACCGCGUGCAACAAGCUACAAGCCGAACGGCAUUUUUCGAACACUGAUUAAUCGAUUUCAGCGUAGCGUAUUCGAUUUACACGACUGGAAAUCACGCAGAUCGCGAACGGGCGUCUCCAUUGACAGGGAGAAUUUAACGGCAAAUAUUGAUAUAAUAGAUAAUCACGUUGCUAGUUGAAUAUUGUAUCUGGGUUGAAUUCGCGAUGAACGAGCCUUGAUUAUUAUCGAUCACAAGGAGCAGAAGGAGGAGGAAGAGGAGGUCUGAGCUCUCGAUGUCGAUGUACUACUCGUCUGAGAAAUAUCUGUGGCACACUCUCACGAUACUCCGAUCGACAAUUGCGCCGGCGAAGCGAGAGAGAAACAUGUAACGCGGUUCACAUGGUUUCGGUGUCUCUCAACGUCCGUAUGUUCUAUUGAUCUGGCGCACAAUUCUUUUUUCCGUACUGCCAUUAACGGAUCGAUUUAACGUAGGGAUAGGAAGGCGAAGUUGUUGCAGUCAUAGAAACCCGCAACUCGUAUCUCGCAUUCGGCGCUGAACGCGGCCGUCUGAUUUCAGGUCCGUAUUAAUAGCCAUCGCUUGAAACUUGUAUCGUAUGAGGUACUCAGAUUUGAAUUAAGAGUUAGAUUUUUUUACUUGAAUCAUAUAAUACAUGAGACAUUACGUUUAUAAUCGUGAUUCAGCUAAAACAUCAUAUCUAAAUUCAAAUUUGAACAUCUCACCUGAGGCAAUUUUUAAGUACUGGCUAUUGAUACGAGUCUAAAGUCCGUAUUAAUAGUUAUUACUUGAAACUUGCUUUAAAUGUAGGAUUUUCAUAUUUAAGUUUAGAGUUGGAUGUGAGUUCUUCAGUGGAAUGACGAUCAAACAAACGUAACGUUGCAUAUAUCAUACGGUUUACUUGAAAAAUUUAGAUCUAACUUUAUAUUAAAAUCUGAAUAUCUCACAUGACAGUUUCAAGUAACGACUACUGAUACGGGUCUAAGGCCCGGUUGCAUCAAUACGUUAUUUUGGUUUUAAAUGAGACUUAAAUAUAUACUUAAUAUGUCUGUCUUUAUUUAUUUAGAAAGAAAGAUAAAGAUAGAUAUAUAUUUAAGUUUCGCUUAAAGCCAAAGUAAUGUUGGUGCAACCAGGCCUUAGGCUCGUAUUAAUAGUCGUUGCUUGAAACUCGCUUCAAGUGAGAUACUCAUAUAUUAUGUUUAGAGUUAGAUGUGAGUUUUUCAGUAGAAUCGCGUUUGCAAAUGUGUCACGUAUAUCACGUGUUUCAACCGGAAAACUCAGAUCCAACUCUAAAUUCAAAUCGGAAUAUCUCGAUAUCUCAAUGAGAUAAGUUUCAAGUAACGAGACUUAAUACAGAUCUAAGACACGUAUAUGUAGAUACCGCUACAUACGAGACAAAUCCGAGAAUCGCGCCGAAUGCGACCGGCACGGACGCGUUACGGUUCGUAGUUUCGUAGAAUUUCGCGAGAGUUAAUUGAAUCUAGCGUAAAAAUGAAGAACGGAGGAAGCGAAUUUAACGUCAACGGUCGUCACACAAGAUGUUAUACAACCGAUAUUGCAUGACACUCGAUAGUAUUAUUAGCGUACUCGACUUAAGAUCGUUACGACUGUGUGUACAUUUUUUCGUAAUGCCAUACUACAAAGUGUUAGUCGAUCCUCGAGUAGAGAAUAUACCAGGAGAGAGAGAGGAGAGAGGGGAGAGCCGGGGGUUCGAAAACCAAUCGACCGUCGAUAUGUGUCACGAAAACGUAAAAGACACGUGUGUAGCACGACGGACGAGAGAAGUUUCUUUCACUGUCGCAAUAUAUUAAAUAUUCUAUUCGAAUGCACGAGACCAAAGAGGAUAUCGCGGAAGAGAGCGAGGAGAGUCGUCGAGAACGGUGCGCGAUUCGCGGAACAAUUUUCCAUCGGUUGUCACGACGUUUGUCGAUGCUCAAGCGAACUUUGAGCGGGAAAUGCGGUCUUCACGAGACAUGAGCGACACUUAAUAAGGCCUGCUGACUGUUCGUCGCAAAACUUUUGACUGAUGACGUCAAAAGCGAGAAAAUGUAUAUCCAAAAUUUCCACGUUGACAUAAAAAAAUAUAUGCCUCCAUAUCUCUAAAUACAUCCAAAAAAAUGACAUGUACAAUCAAUCGAUUGAGCACCCCUUUAAAUACUCCGGACACUCUUUUCUGCACAAUCAAUAAAUAACUGUAAAAUUAACGUGCAAACUUUCUCUUCAAUCUACAUUUCUUUAUUAUUUCGUCGUGUUAAUUUCAGAUUACUUAUUGGUUGUUAAAGCAAAAAGAAAAGCGUUAAGAAUAUUUUAGAGACGUGCUUAAUCAAUUAUCAUCUUGCAUAUAUCUUUUUAUCUCGACAUAUUUUGUAGAAAUCUUGGGCAUGCGUUUCCUCGAUUCUGACAUCAAGAUGACCACAACGCGAAGCAAUUAGGAGCCUUAAAUACCAUGUGAUUAUUACCAAUACCGAUCGGUGAAGCUCCGCGAAUCGUCGCGAUUCCGUGUAGCAUUAGUCCGCUCGAGAAUGGGAUCGACGUGUGUUUCUUUCAUGUAGUAUGCGGAUCGUGCGAUCGAUUCUUGAACGACACGAAUGAUGUUGCGGAAGCUGGCAAUUCUUUCCUUACAAUUGCCAUAGGGCUUUGUACAUAGACGAACGAAAGUAGAGUACAUACUUACCGCGCUGUAACGCUAUUAGCUGUGACAUUAUUUCGAUAAGUGUAAACUUCGAUCGAUUUACAGGCGUCUCGCGACGCCUACCUCCUUCAGCCCAAAAAGAACGUAGCUAUGAGGCGAUUUCGAACAGCAGAGGAUAUUUUCCGGUUUUAUUCGUUAGAGAUAAAGAUAUCUAAAUCACGUUAUUUAUAUAUGUAGAUCCAUAUAUAUAUUAUGUAUAUGUAUAUGUGUAUAUAUAUAGGGAGAGAGAUAUAUAUAUACAUACAUACACGUAUACGUACACAUUCGCAGGGAGCUGAAUGUUCAGGUUUUAUUUUUCGACGACACUGUUAACGUUUCCCACAGUUCCUUCGUCAGUUUUUAAUUUCUGCAGCAGUCUAACGCAGCAAUAAGUAACACGAAACACCAAUAAGUAUCCGUCAAACAGUCGACUCGUUACGCCACGCCACGUUUAAGCGAAGCAAGAUCGUUCACGGAAAUCGUCAAUUUGUGAUGGCAAGUUUCACAAAUAUCUAUAAAUAUAGUGAAGAACAAAUACAAAGCAAAUAAACACGACUAAGACGCACUUUUGUUUCUCAGUCGGAGUAAUGACAAAACCGGCUUGCCUAAUUGACGACACUUGCUACGUAGAGUUUUAGCAAAAUAACGUGCGAGUCUCGCUGAGAUUUUUCCGAAGAUAAUUCCAAGGACACUGAUAUUAUCGUGACUCUUUAGGAAAUGUCUUACGACAGCGAAUACCACAAAGUACCACGACGUCUCCUUUUCUCUCACAGACACUCGCUCUCACACAGAAAUAUCUAUAAGGAAAAAUGAUAAAUAAUAUAUAACAGUUGUGUAUAUAUAUAUAUAUAUAUAUAUAUAUAUAUAUAUAUAUAUAUAUAUAUAUAUAUAUAUAUAUAUAAUUUUUCAUUUAGAUAAUAUUGAGUGUGUAUUGAAGUUAUGUAUCUAUGACUGUAACUUCAAUAUAUCUAUCAUCUAUAAUCAAAGGAAUCAUUAUCUGUUUAACAUUGAACACAUAGACUUUCGCUCGGUCUUAGCAUUCGCAAAUUUCAUGUCAAACGCGCACAAACGAUUAACAGUGUCACUUUUUUUUAUUUACACAAUCGAAACAGAUGAAAAAAACGUGUCGUCGACUAUGUAAAUACAUGUAUAGGUAAAACAGUAGUAAUUGUGGUGCGCGCCUGUGUAGUGUGCGUAUGUUAUACGCGUGUGCAUGCGUAAGAGCGUGGGUGCAUGAGGAAGAGAGAUCGAAAUAAAUCGAUAUAUGUUUAUAUUACUAUAUCGAACGUACAUCUAUUAAAAGUACGAUUUAAGCUUAAGUAUGUGGAUACUGUCUAUUUAACAGUUUAAGCGAUUGAUCCUUUGCAUUUCAAACUUAAGAGAGUAGACGUUAGAUAGUCUGUAAGUAUUUAUUAUUAUUUUGUAGCUACUUCCCGGAAAACACUGAGACGUCCUACGUUCCGAUUGUGACGUCUUUGAGACAUCUUAAGUAAGACGUCUUAUAGACAUCUUAAGUAAGACUGUUUCCAGUAAAAAAAAAAAGAACGCUGCGAGAAAAAAUAAAACGAUAUUAAAAUUAUA